UCUUCUUCUUCUUCCUUUGCUCAACUGAAUCAAUUUGAGGCGGAAUUUCCUUCCAGUUAGUUCUUACAAACAUCAAUUCAACUUUUCAAACAUCACAUAUUUGAUGGGUAAGAAGCGAAAACAAACCGAAGCAGAUAUUACCGACCCUGUAAAGAAAGAUGAUACAUCUACAGAGAGACCUAAUGAAGAUGGAGAAACAGAUACCCAAAUAUUCAGAAACAAGGAAAAAGUCUUGGUUACUUGUUCCCGACGAAUUAUUUACAGGUAUCGGCAUUUGAUGAUGAAUGUUGUAUCGUUAUUGCCUCACUGUAAGAAGGAUAAAAAGGUUGAAUCGAAAGAGAAUAAAGGUGCUGCUUUGAAUGAACUUGUUGAGCUUAAUGGGUGUUCUUCUUGUCUCUUCUUUGAGUGUAGGAAACAAAGAGAUCUUUAUUUGUGGAUGGCAAAAAGUCCAAAUGGUCCGUCAGUGAAGUUCUUAGUGAAUGCUGUUCACACGAUAGAAGAAUUGAAGCUAACCGGAAAUCAUUCGAGAAAUUCUAGACCAAUUUUAACAUUCUCAUCCAACUUUGAUAGCUCUCCUCAUUGGAAACUCUUGAAAGAAAUUAUUAUGCAAAUAUUCGGAACACCAAAGGGUCAUAGAAAGUCUAAACCUUUUUAUGAUCAUGUCUUUGUCUUCUCCAUUCUAGAUGACCAUAUUUGGUUUCGGAAUUUCCAGAUAUCUGCUCCACAGAGUGAAUUGGAUCAAGGGAGCUUGGAUAAAAUGACACUUGUAGAGACUGGUCCUAGGUUUUGCUUGAAUCCCAUCAAGAUAUUUGGUGGAAGCUUUGGAGGCCCCACUCUUUUUGAAAAUCCUUUUUAUGUUUCUCCCAACCAGAUUCGACCGCCGGAGAAAAGGCGAAAAGUUGGAAAAUUUACCAAGAAAGUUAAAGCCUGCAUCAGGAGAAAACAACAGGAAAAUGCAAAUCCUGUGGAGCGCGACGAUUUCGCUGAUACUUGGAAGGAUUGACUGAAUUGAAUCUUGAUUACAUUCAAAUGAAUUCUUGUUGUCUAAUUUGGUUGUGUAUUUUUUAUUUUGUUGGAACUUAAGCAAGAACCCACAAUCCGAAUCUAGCCCUACUGGUUUUUUUGUG